AUGUCCAAGACGACCCCCAAUCCUGUGGCUUCGACCUACGGGUCUCUUGCCUCAGCGAGUGCGAGUGGCGGAGGUUCCACGGCGCAAUCGAUUCCACACCCAGAACCGAUCUCGUCGAGUACACAGCACAUAGCGGGGAUUCUAGUGACGGUGUUCGGGCUCGACGAGGUUCCUCCCGGCACAAACGAUAUUGCGUGUCUCUGGCUUUUGCACCCUCGGCUGCAGACGCAGGCGUGCAUGGCGCCCUUUGCGGCGCACAUUAUUUCGGAGUGGAACAAGCACCAGCACCAGACGAAGCCACGGAGUGGGAGGAAGAAGAACAAGGGCCUGAUAGCCGUAUCGUUCGACCAACGGAACCACGGCUCUCGACUGGUAUCCGCGAUCGCCAACGAGGCGUGGCGGUCCGGGAAUGAACACCACGCCCCGGACAUGUUCAGCCAGUUCGCAGGCACGGCGCUCGACACCUCACUCCUCCUCGACUAUCUCCCCGGAUACAUCUUCACCGGCGGCGCCAGUGAUCCCCGGAGGAUCUGCCAGAACCUCGUCCUGGGGAUCAGCCUGGGCGGCCACGCGGCAUGGCACGUCCUGAUGCACGACCCCCGGUUCUCCGCCGCGGUCGUCACCAUCGGCUGUCCGGAUUAUACACGCCUAAUGACGGACCGGGCACGUCUGUCGAAGCGCAAGACAUACACGUCCUCGUCACCCCCCGGGCGCGAGUUCCUGGGAAGCGCGGAUUUCCCGCACAGUUUGGUCGAGGCGGUGAAAAAGUCCGAUCCCGCCGGUUACAUCUGGUCCCUGCCCGGACUGAACUGGCGCGAGGACCAGGAAAAGUUACACACCGAUCUCACCGACGACGAGAGGGCGAUACUGUUGCCCGUCAUGACGCGGUGUUUCGGCAACAAACGCCUCCUGAACCUCUCGGGCGGAGCGGAUAAAUUGGUCCCCUACGCGCACUCGAAGCCGUUCAUUGACUGGCUGAAAGCCAUCACGAAGAAAGGGGCAUGGUUCGAGGGCAGCGGGUUCGUGCUCGAGGAUAUUGUCUUUGAAGGUGUGGGGCAUGAUGUGCCCAGCUCGAUGGUGCCGCAUAUGGUGAGGUUUGUCAUGGAGACGCUCGAGGAUGAAAAGGUAGAAGCGAUGGAAUUGCAGUUGGGUGGAGGAGCGGGGAGGUUGGGAAGUAAGAUAUAA